AUGACGGCGCUCACUGCGGGGGCAGUCGCUGGCAUAUGCGGCCUGGAGAACCUCGCAGGUAUGCCCCAAACCGCAAACUUUUUAGGCUUUUUCCGUCGUGUUUCCACCCUGUACGCACCACCAAUGACCGGCGUAGGGGGCCCCCCACCCUCCCUUCCCCUAGCGAGCAGUGGCGGGAGCUUGUGGUCUGUUUGCCGAAGGAUUUGGGGUGUACAUGCUGUUGACGGUUAUGGGCUCGCUCGUGUUUCUUCUGGAGGCCAAGAUGCGCCUGAAUGCCUUUUUUCUGAAGCCUACGGAACCGUUCACCGGAAGCCUUUUCUCUGGACUUAUGCUGGUUUGUUUGCGUGCGCGUGUGUGUGUACAUCGACAUGUGCGUGUUGCCUCUACGACUGUAAACCAACGAGGAGGGCUCGUAGCCGCGAAGGGUUCCUUGGGGGAUCCGAUGGCGAAGGGGAACUCCCCUUACGGGCUGCAGGCUACGCAGCUGCAGCGAGUGGAAGAGCUCUAAGGCAUUCUGAUUGUAUCGGGCAGGUGGGUGCUGCAGGGAAGCGUGCAGCAACAUCAGGCAGGAAUUGCCGCGGUGCUGCUACACUGAUUGCUGCUUCACGUCAAGCGGCAGUUGCAGCAGCGCCAGCUGCCGCUGCCGCUGCUGCUCCAGUGUAUCCACGACUUGGGGCACCUGCUCUUUGCGCGCACCGCCUCUCUCUCCUCGCAGCCGCUUUUGGCUCUGUCUCCCCCCUCCUCCCGGUAAGUUCGUUGCAGCUCAAACUCAGCUGUAGCAGCAGCAAGAGCAGCAGCAAGAGCAGCAGCAAGAGCAGCAGAAAGAGAAGCAGACACAACUCUGCUGAGCCUGGCCAAGUCGCUGCCUCCGUGCAGCUCCGUGCAGCAACAGCAGCAGCCGCAGCAGCCGCCGAAGCCAAGCCGAACAAAAAAGGAGCAAGAGGAGUCGCAGCAGAAGACUCAGGCCGAAGACGGCGAGACUGCGCCUUCGAGACCUCAAACGCAGCAGCCUCAAAUGCCCACCCGGCGGAUGGAAGCUGCAGCCCUCGCUCCCGUCAAGCGGGCUAG